UAUAGAUAAGGAGGGUGAGAAGCAUUCUGUGUUUGAAGAGAGGGCCCUUGAGAUCUCACUAGAUGAGGAGGAGAGCCUGAAAAGCAGUGGAUACGAGGCAGAGCGAGAUAAACUGCGCUGUGAGGAGGUUAAAAAGGAAGAGCAAAGGAGACAAAUAGAAAAUGACUUUCAAAGGGAGCUAAAGAAGAUUAUGGAAGCAGAGAAGCUCCAUCAGAGGGAGCUCGAGCUGAUGGAGAAGCAAGCUCAGGAAAAACUUGAACAGGAGUUGCUGCUUCAGCAGGAAGUGAUCAGCAGCUUGCAAAGACGAGUGAAGGAAGAGAGGAGGAGGAUGGAAGAGGAGCAGAAGAGACUGAAGGAUGAGGAGGACAAGAAGAGAAGGGAAGAAGCGACAAUCAAGAUAGAGGCAGAGAUGAGGAGAAUGGAGGAGGAGAGAAGUCAAAAAGAUGAAAAUGAAAUUAUCCUGAACAAUGAAGAGGAAGAGAGAAAAAACAGCGCCCAGGACAAAAAUAAUCAAGAGAAGAGGACGUGGGGUUCAGAAGAAAAUGGAAAUCAAGGAGCUGAAGGAAAAGCAGGGGGUGGGAAACAGAGAGAAGUGGAGGAAAGGCAGCAAACAGGGGAGACAGAGAUGGAAUGGAAAGAGAUGGAGCAGAAAAAGGCAAGGAAAGAGGAAGGGGAGAAAAAAGAACAGAGACCAAUCGUAGAGACUAAGAAUAGGAAGAAAGACGAUGAACGCAAAACAAAACCGGAAAAACAAUGGAGGACGCAAGGGGACAAGGAGGAUUACGAAGAGGAAGAUACGGAUAGGUUUAAAGGUUAUGAUGUGGACCAAAGAACGGUGGAAAACGAGAACGAAACAAAAGAUGACAAGAGUAAGAGGGAAGAGGGGGAGCAAAAGCUAGAAACGGAGAAGAAAAAUGUAAAGGUGGAGAAGGAGCAGAUGGAGGAAAACAGUACCCAUGUAUACAAAGAAACAGAAGAUGGAGUAAGAUUGAGAGAAGAGGAGAACAAUUUGAGAAUAGUGGAGGAGGAGAAGGAGGUAAAAGUAGUAAAAGAAGAUGAGCUACAAGAGAAAAAAGAAGAUUACAACACAGCAUUUCUUUAUGAGAAAAUGAAUAAAGAUACACCAGAAAGUUCCAUUAUCAGCAACACCUGGACUUCCUCAAGCCCUGGUCCUUCACACAGGGUGUCAACAAUCAGCCCCAUCACUACUGAAAGUGAACCCCAACAAAAUGACUUAGACAUCACCAGUCAGACCUCCACAGAUAAAAAAGUGGACGACAAAAAUCAAGUAGAAAGGCCUUCCUCUGUGUCUGCUUUUAUACCGGUGUUCCUGCCAGAGCAGACAGAGCAGAAGAGGCUGUCCUGGAUGAAGGAGUGCGUCCCCUGGUCACAACUCUCCCUGCAGAACAAAAGGAAGCAGAAAGGAUCUUUCCGGAGUGUGAGAGGGCUGAGGAGGGCCGUCGAGGCCAGCGGUCUACCACCUCUCUGCCAAAACACUCUGCUUCAGACAGCAGGCUGGACAUCCCUGAAAGAGGUGACCACAGUGUCGCUGGAGGACUUGCCCGGCUGCAGCUUGUCCACUCUUUCUCAGUGUACUCAGCUUCAGUCCCUCACUCUCAGACGCUGCGGCCUCAAAUCCUUAGAGAGCAUCAACCAGUUAUCAAAGCUCUGCUACAUCGAUGUACAGGAAAAUGACAUCUCAUUUGUCGACUGUGAAAACAUGACAAGUUUACGAGUUCUUAAACUUGGCCACAACAAGUUGACGUCCAUCCAUGGUUUAACUGGUGCUGAAAGUCUGGGCGUUCUGGAGCUCUCGCACAACUCCAUCACCCGCAUAGCUGGUCUGGAGUCUUUGAGGAGGCUGCAGAGGUUGUCACUGGAUCACAACCAGCUAAUCAGCACCAAAGGACUGAAGGACGUGUACACUCUGCUCCACCUGAGCUGCUCACACAACCACCUGGUCAGGGCGGAGGGUCUGGAGAACAAUGCUCUACUCAACACACUGGACCUGAGAACCAACAGCCUGACUGAGCCUCCGAGUAUAAACAACCACGUCCUCCUCCGAGAGCUGCAUCUAGAUGACAACAGCAUCUCCUCCCUGCAGGACCUCAGUACCUGCUGGCUUCCCCUCAUACAACAUCUCUCUGUGGCCCAGAACAGAAUUAUCCAGCUGCCCUCCAUGUCUGAUUUUGUGUCCCUUGCAAAUCUUGAUCUUCGAUUCAACUGCUUGUCAGAGCUCCAGAAUUUGUGCGAAAGUCUGGAUGGCUGUCAUAUCCUGCAAGAGCUCCGACUCACAGGGAAUCCUCUUCAGCAGGAGAGUUGCUGGAGAUCCACUCUCCAGAAAGCGUUGCCUGGUCUGAGGGCCUUCUAUGACCAGGAGACAGACUCCUCUCCAUCGCCCCCUACUGUUCAACAGGUCAGCUUGGCCUCAGACAGCUUCCUAGCGUUCUGUCAGGCUCAGCUUCAGCAGACUCAUGAUUUACAGAAGCAGCACAGCAGGGAGCUCAGUAAAGCCUCAUCUCCUCUGGAUGCUCUAAAGACCUCCUGCCGACAUUUCACAGAGGCCCUGCAGCUUGCAGAAGACCAGAGAUUCGCCCAUGAAUAUGGUGACACAACAGUGUCAGACAGACACAAGGCUGGAGGCCCAACAACACCUGAGGAGACAACUGAUAUGGGCCCUAUCAGUGCUGAGAAGCAUACAGAACCAACGGAGAUGGAGGCUACUGACAAAGCUCCAGCAGUUAUUCCGAACAGAGACAAUAUCAGAUGCAGCUACUGGACUUUGGAGGCGAAGUCCGUUGCAAAGAUUCAAGAUUCAUCGGACUGUGUUACAGCAGGCGUGAAGAUGGGGUUGAAUGCUAAUAUAGCUAACUCUGACAGUGAGCACACAGUGACAACAAAGUCAAAAAGUAGGAUUUCCUCUGAUUUCGAAGUGGCAGCUGUGUCCAACCAUCAAGACCUGGAGCUCCAAAGCAAAGCAGCAGUCUUGAUUCAGCAGAUGUGGAGGAAAUACAGGAAAUGUUGGAACAUCAGCAGCCCUUCCACAGCUGAGAAGCGAGAAGGACAAGGAGAAGGAGGAGGAGGAGAAAAGCCAGAGUCAGGACCUUCUGUUAUUACCAGGAGCGUUAAUGGCCAAGAUUAUGCAGCAACUGUCAUCCAGGCUGUUUGGAGGGGCUUCACUCUGAGGAGGAGGCUCACAUCUGCUCUGGCUGCCGUCACAUGCACGAACACAGGAGAGGACGACACCUUCGAGGAGGUGGAUGUGGAUGAAUUUGUUUUUGAUGAGGCAGCACUGGAGAAACACUGGACAACGCUUUAUGAAGACCCACCUCCCAGAUGUUACAAUGAAUCAGAGCAGCAGCUGUCUCUUAAGGUAUUUCCGCCUCCUGGGACCUUUCCUGAAGCCUCCCAGCACAUACUCCCUCCACCGCUUGUACGGAGGUCAAAGCAGGCCUGGGUGGAUGAAGAACAGGUGGUUUCAGCUGAACAGAGAAUUUCCCCUGUGAGCUCCACCAGAAGUAAAUCUCCUGCCUCAACACCAUUGCUCAACGGUCUCACCGAGAGAUCGGAAAAGAUUCUUGAAGAAUGGGGCUUCACUCACAGCCACACAGCUCUUCUGAUGCUGAAAAGGGCUCAGAAGAUGAAGUCAAAGAAGCAACAGCAAAAGAAAAAUCCCUCCGGCCAUCCGACGUCGUUAAGAAACUGCAGUUACCAGAUGGAUCCAGUGGGGGCACCGAACAGGCGAGCCAAGCGCAAUAGAAAUGAUAAAAAGGUGGUGGAGAGCGAGCUGGGCCUUCAGGAGGCAGAGGAGACGGAGCGAGUGAAGCAAGAGCGAGCUCAGCAGUGGCUGCACAGUCAGGCUGUUCACUCUGACAGGGACUCAGAGAGUGUUCGUUUCUUACCCGAGAUCAGCACAGACAUUCUGCAUGGAGGCAGAGUGCAGCUUGUGGCGGAUCUUGGAUACACAGAACAUCAACAUCACGCUAGUGGAUCAUGGGCCAACAGCAGUGUAGCUGCCCGGCCCUGCCAAGACAACGGUUAUCCUCACAGAAACUCUUUGGGUCAUGCAAGAAAAGAGGUUCCAUCUCCACAGCGAGUCUCGUCUGCUCCGUCAAAAAAGGAGCGCAUGUCCUUCAGAGACAACCCCGUCCAGCUGAGCGGCGGCUGGGGAGGAGGCAAGAAGAGGGACAAAGUGUACAAGUAAAACUCAGAACCCUCUACAACAAUGUCCACUUUUAUGCCAUCCUUCCCCAACACCAAAAGCUUCCUAUGUUUGUGUUGCAACUUAUACAAACAACCGUUGUGUUAUUAACAUGAUUUCAAGGAAAAACACAAAAGGAAUUACACUUACAGAUUUCGCUCCACAGAGGUAUUUUCUCUGAGCGGACGACUUAAUUUAUUUGUUUUUAUACUCUUUUGAUCCUCCUGCAGCAGCUCAUUUUAAACUCAACAUUUCUUGAGAGCACUCUUUUGCAAAUAAAUGAAGACCAAUAGGACCCGCUGCAGCCCAAAUAUCUCCAGGCUCUUCCAUUGUGUUGAUUCUGCUCAAGUGUCACUGGCUGAGUUUGAUGGCAGCCGACCAGCACCAAAACACAUGGAAGAAAAUGGCACACUUUCAGCAAAAUGGCACGCUUUAUAUGCAAAUAAUAUCAGGAAACACAAACCAUGAGCUUUAAUAUCUUUGCAUUCAUGUUUGUUAAGUGGCUGAACUGCUGCUUCUGCAUCCAUUUACUAUGUCAACAAUAAAAAAUGCACUAAUUAUGGUUUGCAGCCAUGGGAAGAGGCGUACUUUUACAGCUCUUCUCGCCCCCUUUUAACCUUAAAGUUUAAUAAAGCCCAAAGGUUUAAGAGAAAACCCCCGCACUCUGUUUCUAUUUUAAGCUCCUGCUUACCAACAGAGGGCUUGAAAUUACUGUUUCUAUGAGCCGAGCACAAACAUUGGUGUUAGAAUUAGAACAAUGUUUUCUUUAAUUCUAGCAGUGGAUUACGAUGGCCUUGUCUGUGUAUUUGAAUUUGGAGAGCUAAGGCGUCAAACACGGCCUUACCGGAGGCGGUGAACCUCAGGCUUGGCGGUUCCUCGCUGCUCCGCCGCCUGGAAAUGAUAACUUAAUGAAUGUCAAAACAAAUAGUCAGAGCUGCAGAGUGGCUGCCUGGCAGGAAAUGCAUGUCGCUCGUCUAUUUAUUUUCCUUCUAUCUUUCACUUAGCGCAUGUCUGGAGGGUGUGUUUUGACUGUACGAGAGCUGGUGGGGGGAUUUUUGUCUCGGAGAGUCGUGUAUGCCAAAGAUGUGGAGGUCCUGUUGUGAAACCAGAGAGCACUGUCCUCCUCAUCCAGGGGGAGGCUCAUUCUUCUGGCUCUCUGGGGGACAUAAAGCGAGAGUUCCUCUGUCCUUACACAACUGUGACACUGGAGAAUUUAGGUUGUUAUUUAAAAUACUGAAAAUACAUGAAUACGAGCACACAGGUACUGUAAAGUUUCUGAAUGUUUCACAUGAGCUUGUUUGUGUUGUUGUUCAACCAUCAUCUACCAGCCUUUUAUUAGAUUUAUCUACUUUCGAGUUGUGGGUAAAUUACAUGUAACCUAAGACAUUCAAAAUCCACAGCCUGGUGAAAUGAGUGUUCCACCACACAUUUAGAUAAGAUGAAGAAUGUAGCUGUCGGCCUGCACCGUGCUGCCAGCCUGACCUCAAGUCAGUAAAUGUUGUCAGCUCGAGUCUGGCAGGCAGAGGUUCUGUGUCGGAAUCCCUCCAAAUCCUCCUUCAAAUGCAUUCAAGAACAACAGAGUGCCAUCAAGUUUAGCAACAAAUUAUAUACAAUCCACAUUUUUCUGCUGACUAAAUUCCUUUGCUGUCUUUUGAUAUAUGUUGUAAACCGUUUCAGGCAGCCAUUGAUUUCUAUUUCUUUUGUGUAUGUAUGAAAAAACGUGCUUGGGUUGUGUAAUUAAUCACACUCAGCGGCAAAUCAGAUUUUAUCAAAUGUUUCAUAAUCAUUGAAUUGUAAUGCACUUUGUGUCGUACAAGGAUAUACAACACAAUGAACACAGACUGAGUUUUAUGCAUUUAAGCUAUUCGCUGCCUUGUGUUACAUGUGUAUGUACGCUGGAAGUAUACAUAUGUAGGUUUACUAGAGAUGUCAACACUUAUAAUAAACUGAAAGAUGCGAGUCUCUCGUCUGAUCCAUGACAGGCUCACACAUUGAGCAGUGUAGAGCCGUACGGGCAGCUCUGUUCUGCAUGAGCUGGAUCUUAUUUAGCUCUUGUUUUGAAUCAUUAGAUGUCCAGACUGCUGGGAUAAGACUUAAGGGUGUAUCAUUUGUUUUCUUGUAUCUUCUGUUAGAAAAUAGGCGUUCUUUCUGAUGAUGGAAAUGCCUCUGCUCAUUUUUUACAACUUUAGUUUUAACGUGAUGUGUAAACAGGCUGAGAAUUAUCCAUGACAGUUUUCAUCAAUUCUUACACUAACAGUUGGGCCUCUUUAACCUGAUCAAUGCUUGUAAAGAGAUGGUUGAUCCGUCCUCAGAGCUCGUCUCAAACCAAAUAUCAUGAAGGUUUAGAAACUAUAAUAUAGUGACGGCACUAAACUGAGGCACACUGCAUCUACUACAAGACGCUGCAUGACAUACAAAAGACAAUUAGAGUACAUGUGUGCAGGCAGCAUAAUACUGACUUAACUGCUUCUGCAAAGACAGAUACUUUAUUAAUCCUUUAAAGGAAAUUAUAAAGUCACAGCAGCUAUAAUCACAUUCAACAUACCAGAUCUUAUGUCACAAAAAAAUCAAUUUAAGCAAUACAGAUAUCUAAAAAUGACAUAUAUAGUCCAGGAUGCAAAAGUAACUUAUAAUGUUUAAAAAAUACUAAAACCCCUCAAUAAAUAAUGCAUACAUAUAUUUACAAAUAUAUGCCUAAAUAUGCUUUUAUGCAAAUGAAAUACUCCCUAAAUGUGUGUGUAAACACUCCUGGAAAUAUGAACCCUGUUUACAGAGAAAUCUGGAAUCAGCUCACACAAACAGAAACUUUGCACUGCAGCCUGAGAGAGGUCAAAGCUGAUUAUCGUCUAAACAGCGACCGCCUGCUUUUUAUGUCACGCAGAUGAAGACGGGUUUGAGUCGCUCUUUUCACUAGACUGAAGGCGGGACAGGUAGUAAAAGCACUGAGAAUAUUACCCAAUGAGAUUCAAGCCUGUUAAAAGAUUACUAACACGUUUAUUACCAACACAGUCACAGAUGGAAGACUGAUGAAAAUAAGUGCAUGCAUGACGUCUUUAUAGAAGUUGUUAUGUUUGAGACAUUCGCAAAAUGUUCAGAUUUAGAUUCACUUUUUGAAAGGUGUCUUGAAUUACUGGUUUACAAUGAGACGCACACAAAUAAUUUCAGCUGUGAUUUUUCAUUUUAAAUUCUAAUCACAUUUUAUAAAUAAAUUGGUAAGACCAGUAGGAACAGAUAUCGCUCUAAGAAAACUUGUAAAUAUUCGAUCAGUGGCAUGAUUUAAUUUCAGCGUAUUUAUCUGCAGCCGGAGUACUCCCUGAUGUGUUGAGUUAGUGUUUGUGCAUCUCUUUAGUUAUUCUGUAAAAUGUUGUGUUUUAGAUUAACUUAUUAGGAAUGCACAAUGCUGUUUAAAGCUGUACUACUCUGACCUUAAUCUGUUCUACAUUUUGAAUUGUCAAGC